AGGCAAAAUUAUGAUUUAUUUAAGCCAUACCAGUCCAUUUCCACCUCUGUUUGUCGCACAAGCCGGUCAACUUGAAAUGUGAUGGGGUUAAAGCCAAAUAACUCCUUAGAAACAGCGCGUUCAAUUUACACUGAAUAUUCACCUGAGUCAAGUUACGAGGAGAUGAUGGCACGGCAAACUUCAUUUCCGGCUAACUCUACUACUCCAGCUACACUUGGGCCUGGGAUUUCAAGGCCAGCAUAUCUUGCUCUGACAAUUGUUUUUACGACGCUCUACGCUUUGUUAUUUUUUAUGAUAGUGGUGCAACUCUGCCUGAUCUUAUAUCACAAACAUCGCCGUUUAUCGUAUCAAAGUGUGUUCUUGUUCAUCUACCUGCUGUGGGCUGCGUUGAGAACUACGCUGUUUUCAUUUUACUUCAAAAAUAGUGCACAAACAAACACAUUUGAUCGUUUUAUACGGUGGCUCCUGUACGCAUUUCCAAUCUACUUACAGUUUCUUACCCUAUCUCUGCUGACAUUGUAUUUGGCAAAGGUAAGCUACUUAGAUAAAAGACGUAUACAACAGCAACUAAACUUUCCUAUCACUCAUUGACUUUUCAUCUUUUAGAUUACAAAGUUUACGUAUUUUUAGAUUCUUAUGUAAUUUCUACGCAGUUUUAGUUGUAAAAACUCAAUUCUUUAAAAGGACAAAACUUAAUUGCUAUGCCUACGGCGCACUUCCGCCUUGUUCCGGUCACUUAAAAUAUUAGUACUACGUACAAGGUAGGUCCAACAUAUCUGUGUUAAAGCGAAGAUAGCAUCCUUGUAGUGAGCUGCAGCUAAAACAGUUGCAGAAAAGAAUUCUGAAAAACCCGAUGGCAGUAGUUGGGUGCUUCACGCUACCAGUUGAACUUUGAGGCCACAUGUAUGUGGGGUUUCCGGAGUGAGGCACUGCCCACUACAUCGAAGUAACAACUCAUGAACUGAGGCAAAUUACUGUUAGAGACUUAACCAUGCUGGAAACUAUAUGUCCAGAGUAUUGCAUGUGUGUUAAGCGACCCUUUGUCCAAAUUUAGUGAUUUUAAGUGUUACUGAAUCAAUAAUCUUCCAGUUUAGAUGUAGGUGUUCACUUUUGAAUAGAAAAUGAAUGUAAUGUUUGGGAAAUUUCAGUUUAUGAAACGCAUAUUAAUUAAUUGAUUACCAAAAUUAUCUUUCCUUAAAAAAUUAGUUUUCUAAUUUGGUAUGGACAUCAGUGAUAGACUCAGAUGCACCUUUUGUGCUAAUUCCUUUGUUCUUGCCACAUUUCGAAGUCAUCUGUGAUCUGUUAGGGCACAGAUGCACGACAACAAGGAAUAUACUUGUUAAAUAUUUAGUUAGUAGAAUAGUAAGUCAGAUUGCAGUAUUUUUGUAAGAACCUUACUAGAUUUAUGCUCAUGUGUUGACUGAAGAAUGUCUCUUCAACUAUUUUAUUAUAAGAUACAACUAUUAGUUCCCCCAUUGUUUACAUUGGGACUCUCAGAGGAUGAUGCAUGUAGAAAUGAAAUGUUAUUGCGUAUAGCUCCAUUACCUAUCAGGACCAGUAUAAUUAAUCUUUAACCCUUUAACUCUCAUGAGUGACCAAGACAGAAUUUCACCUUAGUUUAUCUAUACAAUAUCAUGCAGGCAAAUAAAGGGAACAAAGAAAAAAUAUCAGUUAUGGGAGUACUAAUUGAUUCAAUAGAAAAUUCUCCAAACUAACAUAAUGAGAAUCAUUUGACAGACAGUGAGGAGAAUUAUUAAUGAGAUCUUGGGAGUUAAAGGGUUAAAAUUGUUAUUUUCUAUGACUCAGAAUAUAUGAAAAUCAUAUAUGUAAUUUGUGGAUUAAGAAAUGAAUAAUGGAAUCAAUGUUCACAGUAAUAAACAGUACUAAUAUGCAGUAUAGUGAAAGUAAGGCCUGAAAAAAUUCAGGCUUGUAUGGGAUUUGAAAUAAUAACCUCUGCAAUACCUGUGCAGUGCUCAACCAAUUGAGCUAACAAGCCAUUACUUGGAGCUGGUCAUCAUGUUGGUUUGUAACUGGAUUUGAAGCCAUAACCUGUGCGAUACUGGUUCAAUCUUGUUCAGGGCCUUAAUUUUUUUUCAGGCUUUAUUUUCACUACUGCUUUAGUAGUGUUCAUUGCUACAAAGAUCAAUUUCAUAAUUAAUGAAUUUGUUUUUUUCUCUUUAGGUUGUCUUGAGAACCAGAAGAAGCACUCUUGAGCCUUUAACAUUCAGGUAAAUAGAUAGGCCUUAGAGAUUGGCUUCGUUACUUGUGCAGUGCCUCUUAUGGUUAUAACCGUCAGAGUAGAUAAUUAUGUAGAUGUUAGUAUUGAUAAUCUAAUAGAUAUUUUUUCCAACACAAGUUGGCACUUUCCAGCUUUGUUUGUAUCUGGAAACAUUCAGGGUAGCAUACUAUAUAUGCACCAAUAAUCCCUCUUUCUGUUAAGCCCUCUUCUUUGAAAAGCCUCUUCCCCUUCCCCUCUGUCUGGAACCUCAAGUUUUGAAGAAGCUCUCCCCCAUCUCCCUUUUGAGUACCCAUGUGAAGAAUUGAAUGGAAAAAUGAUACAGUCUACUCCUGUCAUUGCGGACAUCCUCAAUGGGAGAUUUACAGUCUGUAAUAGCAAGAGUCUAUAGUCUCUAAACAUAUGAAAUGAUAUGUAGAGGAAUUGUUUCUUUAUUUACCUUUAAUAUUUGUAAUGUUGCUUUAUAUUAUGAGUCAGGCUUUUGGACGAAGUGCUAAUAAGUGUUCACUUUAGUGAGAGAAAAAAGAAGUGAAAUGUUGCAAUAGGGGGCAUGAAAGUGUGCAUAUUUUCAUAAUAGUUAGAGGCGAUUAUAAUAAUUUCUUCAUGUGUAGUGGGGUAUAGGAAUACGAAUUCCAAAAUUCUGAGGUUUGCUUCCUCAUGGGGAACUCAGACUAAGAAUAUUUUGCUCUUUACUUUUAUUUUUCCACGCCAUAAUGAUAUGUGGCUCAGCAAAAUACCUGGCAACUUGCAAUACUGGGGAAUAUACAUUGGCCUGAUAUCUAUACAAAGAAAAAGUAUGAAGGGCCAAUAUUCCCUAGUGUAGCUCAAGUUAAGUUAAAAAGUAGUUUAUUGUAUGGCGCACGGACUAAACUUGGUUAUUUUGAAUUUGCUAGCUUUAAUGAUUGAAAGUAUAUGGCUUAUGACCAUUUCCAUGGAAAUGGUCUGUAUGGCAAAAUCCCAGACUAGUAAGAACCAAUCAGAACACUUGCAUUUACCUCAAGACUUCCUUGCCAUAGAAUAGCAUAUUUCAAACCAUCAAAUAGGGGAAUUACCUGUAUGCACUAAGAUUUACAGACAAUUCUAAAGAUAAGUAUGGUAUUUAUUUUUUUGCUGUUUUUGCCAACAGGAAAUACAACAGACUGUAUCUUCCUUGUUCAUUUGCCGCAGUGAAUAUUGUUUUCUUUGCUCUUAACAUUACAAGCUCUAUUGUGUGUCGUGAACAAGAUGCUCAUGAUACACUAGUCAUAUUGCGGGUCAUUAUAAAUGGACUGCUGUUUGUUGUUGUUGGUGUUGUUCUCUGUUUCUGCAUUAUUAAGGUAUGUUUACCUUCUCAUUGUUUGCAGUUGUAUUGAUUUCUUAGUAAAUAGUUUAAUGGUCAAAGUCCUACAAUUUUUUCAGUCCAGGGAGGUGUGACAGAAGUUUGCCCCUUGUAUUUUUACUUUGAAAUAAUGUUGUUGUCAUGUUAAACUGUCUCCAUUCCAGUAGCCAUGCAUAAUUUGACUUUUUUUGGUGGCUUUCAUGUUUGAUGGUAGGUGACACAUGGCUCUUGAGAUUUUGUGACAACACUGUCAUUUUAGUGUCAAUAAGCCCUGUCACCAAACUUUUACAGUGCCCCACUCAACUGAUAAUUGUUAAAAGCUACUAUUGGAAAUUCUGCACAAAAAUUGGUAGGCAUUACUUGAACUUUUUUUUUUUCUUUUCACAGAUUACAAGAGCACCAGCUGUCAAUGUUUUACUGGAGGGUCAGGUACUUUGUGCAAGAAUUAAUAUUUAAUGAUGAUUACAUUAGUUUUAUUUCUCCCAUUUUUAUGUAUUUGUUACUAAAUAUCAGUUCAUUGCAGGGAGCAACAACCAGACAAGGCAUACUACUGUGUGUGCUGGUAGUCCUGCUCUAUUUGUCUAGAGUAGUUUACAACCUAAUCGCAGUUGCUGUACCUCAUGAUUUGUCUUCAUUUGGCUAUGGCUGGAUUAAUGUUUCUGAUGAGGUACGUAGAGUUAUGAAAUGAAUUAUGAAGUCAAAUUUCUAAUUUAAAAGAAACUCUGGUGUUGCAUUGGCAUGGUUAUUACAAAUUGAUUUGGUUUUUAUGAAGUAAGCUUGUUGAUGAUGUGAAUUGGCCAUUGUUAAGAGUUUCUAAAGCUGACAUUUUAAGUGGUAUCCCUUUGUCAGAGUGUAAAAACUCUUUACUGUGGACAAUGUGCAUUAUGAUAAACCUGAAAUCAUCUAUACAUGUUUCAAGUUUGGUUGAUGGUUAUGAUGCCAUUGCUGUCAAUUGUUACAUUAAGGUUCUUACAUUAUACCCUACUAAAGCAAUACCAACUCAAAUUAUUAUUCGAUUAUUAAUUAUAACCCCUUAACCCUUUUUAACUCCUAAGGUCUGAUUGUUAAUUCUCUCCUGUAGCUGCUACACAUUUCCUUGUAAAUUAGUUAUGAGAACUUGGUGCUAGAUCAAGAUAGCAGCUUUACCCGAUAAGUUUGGAUAUUCUGAUCACCUGUUUGCUGAAUAAUGUAUGGAUAUUGUUGGGAGAAGUUUUAUGUUAAUCACUUCUGGGAGUUAAAGGGUUAACUGCCAACCCCACUGAGAAAACCUGUGCCAAUGCAAACCAACGCAUGUAUUUUUCAGAAUUUUAACUUGUUUUUACUCUCUUACUUUCACCAUACUGAGUACAUCAUGUAGGUAAUCAAUAAGAAGAGAUUUGUCUUCUUCUCUUUCAUUUGUGUCUUUUGAGUUUUUUUUUUUGUUUUUUUUGUUAACCUACCUCUUAUUUUAAUCUGUAACUAUUCAGAUAAUCAACAUUCAAUCAAGUUUUGCAAGUAUGCCCAGUAAUUUUUUAAACACAUUCAUAAUAGUGAGCUUGAUGUUAAUGUGACAGUAAUGUAGAAUUCUUUUGAUUGAUGUUAAUAUUUCAUUGUAAGCAGCUCAUUGUAAGUAAUGUCUUGUAAGUGAUGUAUUAUUUGUAAUGUGUUUUAAUAGAGUUUAUGUAUUGUAUGUAAUAUGUGUCGUGAAUAAAGAUUUAAAAAUCUUUUGAAUAAUUGGGUCAAAGCUUUGCACUGAAUUCUUCAACUCCCAUAUCAAAUUUGUAAUUCUCCUUACUGUCAACCAUACAAUUCUUGUAGUGUUAGCUCAGAGAAUUUAGCAUUAGAUAAACUAAUUAUCCCCAAAUUGAUAUUUAUCUUUAUUCUCAUCACUUAUCUGGCUGAUAUUGUAUUGAUAUUGUAAGGAGAAAUUCUGUCUUGGUCACUCAUGGGAGUCAAAGGGUUAAAGUCUCUCUAUUUUAACUAAACGGAAUAUAAAUUUUGUAUUAGCAGUAUUUUAAACCCUCUAAACCCUAGGAGUAACCAACAUCUAAUUUCUCCUUACAGUGAUCAGUCAUUUAUUAAGAUCAUGAGAAUAAAGAGAACGAUUUCCAACCUAAGAAGUUCGUGAUCGUUAAGCAAGUUCUCCUUGUCAGCACCAAAGGAAAUGGAAGAGAAGAAUAAGGGGAAGCUAGAUACUGUACUGAUGUUAGGGUGUAACGAGUUAAAUAAAUAAAUUCUACUUCAUGUUUUAACCAACUUUCUAACUGAUUCCUGGUAUAUUCUAGGGUGAAAUUAACUACAGAGAUUCUUCGUGUGAUAGUUGCAACAAAGUUCAUGACGAGAUGCGCGAUGUGGAGUUUAUAACGUUUGGUGUUGUCUUAAUUGUAUGGGAGGUGUUACCAACCUUCAUGGUUAUAUUAUUUUUUCGAGUCAGGAGACCGAAUAUUGGAGACAUGGUUUGUAAAACUAAACAUAUGUUUUUGUGCUUGUUACUAGUCUGCAUUCAUGCAUGUAGAGAAAGUUUUCUAGCAACUUAUGGGAAAUGUUUAUGAUAACCGGUCACUUCGCCAACAUGUCAAUAUGGCAUUACUAGUAACUUCACUAGGUAUGUAAGGUAAUUUUGGUUUUAUCAACUGAAUCGUUGAUGUAAAUUUGCCAUUUUAAAGAGUUUCAAAGCUGUCGUUUGGAGCGUUAGCCCUUCAUCUUUCGCUCUAACGAAGGACUAACACUCGAAACGUCAGCUUUGAAACUCUUCAUGGUGGUCAAUUUAUAUUAUCAACUCAGUUGAUAAAACCAAACUUAUCUUGCUAUACUUCCCCAACGACGCAGCACUACAGUUUCUUUAGAAACUUACCCCCUUUAUUAAUACGCUAAGUAUGUAGGCUACUUGACGAUAUGCCGGUAAGUUGACUAAUGGUGUCGGCGAGGUGGUUGUUGGUGAGUUGACAUGUCGGCGAAGUGGCUGGGCACUAUCCACGGUUAUCGUACGCAUUGAAACUACGAGGUUAGGGAAGGGCCCCCUUUCUUCAGUCCUCUCCGAUUGAAUAUUUUUUGUGUGUUAAUAAACAGGAAGAAUAAAAAUCUAUGCCAAAAUAAUCGGCCAAAAAGUCCUUUAAAGGGUUUUGAGAUAACUAGCUUGCACCCACAAUAUCUUUAAAUUCGACGCUUAUUACACGACCGCCAAUUACACGACAUAGUCGUAAGUGUCAUUUAGUCGCUAGCUUACAAAUUUGUAAAUGAUUGUGCGUCACCCUAGUUCAUUGCUUGUCAUGCCGGUUCAUUGUGUGUCAUGGCAGUUCAUGACCCGUCACACCUCUACGAUCCUCUUAACAGUAUGAAUCAUCCGUAUUUUCCAUAAAUAUCUUUAACAUAUCUCCCCUUAAAUUUCACCAGGGACCAUCAGGUAUAGUCUCACAGAGUUGUGACAAAAAGUCAUAUUUCUUUGACAAUCCUCGAAGGUAUGACUCGGACGAAGACCUGACAGAGUCACAAGGACAAACCAGAGGGUAGGUUGAUUAAAUGAACUUUUGUUCUUUUGUAUCAUGCAACCGGGUGGGAAAUGACUGCUCCAUUACUUACAUUAUCUUUGUCAGCACCUUAAGAACUGCAAAGAUCAUAGUAUGAAGAAAAUGCAUGUUAAUAUCGGUAUCCAGUCCUUCCGUACCCACGGUCGUUUCGUACCCAAUGCGAGUAGGUUCGUACCCGAACCGCUUGUUGAGUCGUACCCAUUCCUAUAUAUAUACAAACUCAUUCGAAAUACCUCGCACGCGAGUGCGUGAACAGAUGUCAGUUGUUGCCUACAACAAGCAAGUAGAGUCAAUCGGUUAAGAUGUAAGCAGAAUUAUGUUGUGUAGACUUGUGACCCUAGCAAAAGCUCCAAGUUAUUGCUUAGCACAAGAUAAGUGUGAUAUUUUUCAUAGAACAGUCUAAUGUUUAGACUUGUGACUUUUUUGAAAGUAACAGCUAGAUUUUUUUUCCUCUCUCUGUUAUUAACGGUGAUGAAUUCGCUCAUUCUCGUUUAUUUUAUUCGUACUUUAAACAUAUAACAUGGAAAACAUAUUCUAAAAGUAUGGGUACGAAACAACUCAACUCACUGGACACAAAUCAACCCAGCUGAGUACGAAACUACCGUGGUUAGAAACGGCUGGAAACUCUAAUAUAAGGGAGUAAAGGGCAAGACAGGUAUUGGCGAUUACAAUGAGAGACCUGACGGAAUGUUGGAUGGGUAAUCCCAGGCUAGAGUACUAUCUUCUCUGAGCUGUGCUAGGGUAAAUUGGUGGUUGGUGGGGUCAAGUCUGUACACGAGUCAAAUGGCCCAUCCAGCCGGAGCUUGUCUCGGUGUCCUUAGAAUGAAGUAUUACAUCUCCUUAAAUGGAAUGCUAGUCCAUCGCUGGUACCCAUUUCAACCUCAAAGACACAUCCCAAUGACCCAGCCAGGGGACCUCGCGACUCAACACUCCAGCGCACUAACCAGUAGGCCACAGGGUUAGGGUGGCAGUACAUUUAUCGUCUUGGUCGCUCCAUGCUACUGUCACGUACCAGGAAACAAGUUCUAGCAACACGGCCCUUUGGUUUAAAAGCUGCCCAUACCCCUUUCUAUUUUGUAAAUUUCCACCAUUUGGUGGUCAUUGAGAGAUCCCAUGUAUUCAUGUCUUGCGCAGUGGAGUGGACGCAAGAUCGAGAGUAUGUAGUUCGAACACAAGAACCCCUGAGCCUCUCGAGGGGAUCAACGUAAUGUCCUGCUAAACGCCCCCUCACUAUCACAGUGCUUCUCCCAAUGAUGAUAAGUAUAAUUGGGUUGGCUGGGUUUCCUAUACAGUUCUCUGAUAAUGCCACAUGCUGGGCUGGUAGACUUGCGUGUGGACGAAAAUUAAUUUACAGCAUUUCGAGUGUGUAGAUCUCAGCAGUAUUUACCUACUACCAAAAAAUUCGUACGCCCCCAUGCAGAGUUGUGUCAACACACAUUAAUACGGUAUGAUUUCCUGUUACAGUAGUCAGUACAACAUACCAGGCGUACUUAGUCCCUCCGCUUCCAGUGGGAGCGUAAACAGACCACGGUCAUCAUAUGGCUCCAUAUCAGCCGCGCGCAGUGGAAGUUUCCAGAGAAGUAACAGUUAUUCUAAAGUGUAUCUCCCGGGUGCCACUCCUCCUACUCUCCCUCCUUGGUCUGAAAACCAAGCAGGCUGGUCUGGUUACCAAGCUGACGGGUCUGGAUUCAAGGCGGACGUUUUAGUUGAGCAAAACGAAGCAUAGUGAUUCAGGGGCAACGAGUAAAGUUAGGGUCGAUGAAAGACCUCAAAAGAAUGAAGCAAACUUUGUUACAUGGAUGAUCGAACGAAACGCUGGUAGAAGCUAGACCGUAAUUCUUUGUCAGCACAGAGGGCUACGUACAAGACCUCUUGCCUCUUUACCAGUUAUACAGGGUUUCACCCAGACAUUAAAAAUCUUACCUUUAGAAAUCCUUAAUAGCCCUUUAAGCCGUGACAAUAGCUAGCUUCUAAUUUCUCCAUAGAGUAGCACUGUUGAAUCAAUCAGAUGCGUCAAGAGGCCAAAAGAAGCAGUAGAUUAUCAAACAAACGUCCUUGACAGUACCAUAGGAAAUGUAUACAAAAAGAAGCAUGAAGAAUAUACAUACUGUUGUUAGGGUGUAAAGGGUUAUUAAGCAUACAGUGCACUGAAGGAGAAUACCCCAGGUGCGCUAUUACAUCAUCCAGUCAACUGGAAAGCCAUAAUUUUUACUUUUCAAAUUAAACGGUCCAGACAAAAGAUCUGGGAAUUGCCAAGGAAGAGAUAUCUCAUUAGUUCACAAGAAGCCAAGAAAGUGUAAUGUACAGUUUCGUCGUUCCAUGUGGCUGCAGUGCCAUUCAGUUGGAUAUACUUAUCGCAGACGUUGUCACGUAGACGUAUUAUUGUAGGAUUUUAUAGGUUUUUUGUCGUUUUUAUAAUCAUUUUUCUCUUUGUUUAUUUGUAUGUUUUUUUUUUUGACUUCUUUGGCCUCGGGUCUAACUAACUUCAACAUAAAAUGUUGCCACAACUUCUGUAGUUGUCUUGGGCCGAUUUGUAACUAACUGUUCUCGAUCAAGUUUAGUAAGUUAAUGUCAAAUUUUUUAUAAUUCUAUUUAAUGAAAACUUCCCUUGAUCUAUUGUGUCAGAAAAGAAACGUUUAUUCUUACAUAGUCAUAUAUAUUGUUUUUUUUUAAUAAUUGAAAGGAAGACCAUUUUGCCAAAUUUAGAAAUAAAUUUAACCACACGGUA